GUACUCAUCUUGUUUUAUGUAUGAUGUGAAGUAGGGAUGCAAUAUGGUUGUCAAGUCACCAGAAGAUUUAUGGCACUGAUGGAGACAGAGUCUGUGUGGCUCUUCUGAAAAGCUUGGGACAUUUUAUGUUGAUUAAAUUUCACACAAAACCCUCACAACAUUCCUCCUUUUGAGAGUUGAGAGACCAGCAAAAUCUCUCGAAAGACUUUUAAUCUUCACUUAAUUUUGAUAUUGAGAAUUGCAAUCCUUGCAAUUGGUUUAAACAUAACCCCAUGUCAAUUUUAAUGGUUUCUAUUUCUCCAUAAAAAUAUUUUAUUUGAAUUCUUUCAUGCAGAGCCUUUAGUUUUAAUGAUUUCUUUGGAACACUCCCACUGGAACUUGGCAAUUUAGUCAAACUUGAACAACUUUACAUUGACAGCUGUGGAGUUGGUGGUGAAAUUCCCUCAACAUUUGCUAACCUUCUAAACAUGCAAGAAAUGUGUUUAUCAGACAAUCCUUUCACAGGGAAGAUACCUGAUUUCAUUGGCAACUGGACAAACCUUAAAUUAUUGAGACUUGAAGGGAACUACUUUGAAGGUCCUAUACCAUCCAGUUUUCCUAAAUUAACCUCUCUAGAAUCUCUGCGAAUCAUUGGUUUAUCCAAUGUGAGCUCUUCUCUUGAUUUCAUUAGAAAUUUAAAGAACUUAACUAGCUUAAUUUUAAGAAAUGCAUUAAUUACUGGUAGUAUUCCAUCUGAUAUUGGAGAACUCCAAAAUUUACAAAAUCUGGAUUUGAGUUUCAAUAACUUGACAGGCCACAUUCCGAGUGCUUUGUUCACCAUAAAGCUUCUUGGAAUAGGACCCAAACCAAACACCUUCAGUUAUGCUGAGUUGAGAGCUGCAACAGAUGACUUCAGUCCCUUAAAUAAGUUAGGAGAAGGGGGAUUUGGUUCGGUAUACAAGGGUAAACUUUUUGAUGGGCGGGUAGUAGCUGUGAAGCAGCUUUCAGUAGCAUCUCACCAAGGGACAAGUCAAUUUGUUACUGAGAUUGCUACCAUAUCUAUGGCAUGGACUCUGUAUGAAAGCAACCAAAGUCUAGGUCUGUUGGAUCCAACCCUAGUAGAGUUUGAUGAAAAUGAAGCUUUAAGAAUGAUAAGAGUGGGACUCCUGUGCACACAAGCAUCACCAAUGAUGCGACCACCCAUGUCGAGGGUUGUAACUAUGCUUGCUGGGGAUAUCGAAGCGAGCCCUGUUGUAUCAAAACCAAGUUAUUUAACUGACUGGGAUUUUAAGGACAUAACAUCCAGCAUCGAGGCUGAAAACACACCGUCUACUGGAUCUGAGCAUAGUGAUAACAAGAACAAGAAUAAUCUUAAUCCAGGUAUAGAGCUGGAGGCUUCUCCAUUGAAUAUCACUAAAUUCAGUGACAUUAUUGGGGAAGGAAGGUGACAAAUGUUGUUCCACCUCCAUUCUGCUACUUCUCCUGCCUCUACCUUUGCCACAUAUUUUCUAGCUCUAUAAAGUAGAUGCUGAAAUUGUGUGAAUUUCUGUAAUUCAUACCAUUUAUAUGUUGAUCAUUUGUGUGUGUACAAAUAUUGGCUUGCAAUAAGGUUGCAGUGUUUGUAACUUAUGGAUGUCCUUCCUAUUAUGUAGUAAUAUACUUCAAAGCUAGAG